AUGUACCAGGGAUCUGCAGCAGCCUGUACCCUGGGGAUGAGCGUUGUGCACCUCAGGCUGGGUAUCAUGAUGAGUAAAGAACUCGCACACAUCCCCAUCAAUGUGAUUCUCAUAGCCAACGCAGUGAAACAAUACAUUCAGCAGUCCUUACUGGAGAAAGAGCUGCUCUACUUUGGAUAUGAAGCCUUUGGAAUCACCUUUGUAGAUCCAGACACAUGGACUCCUGAGGAUGUCAUGCCUCAGAAACUGAGAGAAAAACAGAAAGCUGACAGAGAGACUGCAGCGAGGAUCACAGAGGAAAUAGGAAACCUGAUGAAGGAGAUUGAGACCCUGGUCGAGGAGAAGAAGAAGGACUCUUCAGAUAUGGCGAAAAUGAUGGUACCAGAGGAAGGUGGCGCUGUGUUGUAUGAUGACAUCAAAGUGACCAUGACGUCCACGCAGCUAAAUGGCUCUCAGCGGGUGCUGCUCGAUGGAGUGAUCAGUGAUGACGAGUGCAGGGAGCUGCACCGCCUCUCCAAUGCAGCUGCUCUGAAAGGUGAUGGCUACAGGGGGCGCGUUUCCCCCCACACCCCCAGUGAGAUGUUCCAGGGAGUCACCAUCCUGAAGGCUGUCAAGCUCGGACAGGAAGGGAAGGUUCCGCUGAAGAGCGCUCGUCUGUUCUUCGACUUGAGCGAGAAGGUGAGGAAGGUGUUGGAGUCGUACUUCCACCUGGACACUCCACUCUACUUCUCUUACUCCCACCUGGUCUGUCGCUCCGCCAUCGAUGAGAAACAGGAGGACCGUGAGGAUAUGAGUCACCCUGUUCAUGUGGACAACUGUCUGCUGGUCUCUGAGUUCAACGAGUGUACGAAGGAACCUCCUGCAUACACACACAGAGACUACAGUGCCAUCCUUUAUUUAAAUGAUGAUUUUGAAGGAGGAGAUUUCAUUUUCACCGAGUUGGAUGCUAAAACCGUCAUGGCUGAGGUGCGUCCACAGUGUGGCCGUGUGGUUGGGUUUGGAGCGGGGAAAGAAAACCCCCAUGGUGUCAGAGCCGUCACUAAGGGCCAGAGGUGUGCUGUAGCACUGUGGUUCACCCUGGAUCCAACUCACGAAGAAAAGGAGAGAAUCCAAGCUCAGGAUAUGCUGAAGAUGUUCUCUACCCCUGUGAAUGCCGACUUCAUCAAGAAGGAGGGGACAGACAUCUCAGAGCCCCAACCAGCUACAGCAGAGCCUCCUGCACAGGCUGACCAAGAGACAACAGAUAAGCAAGAUGAUAAACGAGCUGACAAACCAAAGGGCAAAAUAGAAACAAAACCAGUCAACAAAACAAAAACAGGCACUGAAGCCAAAACUGCCCCUAAAGCAAAGGCCAAAGCUAGAGACCAGGCAAAGGCCAAGACAACAGACAAAGCCAAACCUGCUGCUAAAAUAGAUAAAAAACCUGCAGUUAAAACACAAGCCAAGCAAGUAGACAAAAAGGAUACAAAGCCAGCGGCAAAAAAGACAGGAAAAGUUGUUACCAAAAAGGACCCCAAAAAAGCUAAAGCUGACGGCACAUCAGCCUCAGACUCUCAGAAUGGCAAGGAUGAGCUGUGAUUGAAAAGCACCUGUGAAGGUCAACGUGGUGUCUGUUUUUCUGUUUUCUACAAGGUGUUCUCUGUGAGCGGUUGAACAAAAAUUGAGUGAAAGGUCAAGUUAUUAAAAUAUUCUUUGUCUUUUAAUGAAUUGGUUUCAGUGGAUGAUGGUCAGCCAUAACUGAGUACUUCCAUCUUUCUGUGGCUUCCAAAACUCUCUAUCUGUAUAGAUAGUACACAUUUUCAUUUUCAGUUUGUUUAUUUUUUGUUUAUUUGUGAUGUCAUAUUGUGAAACCAGAGACAUAAUGGGGUAAAGUGGGGGGAGGACUUUUCUGUUGAGAAACUCAAAUCACCAGUGUGAGUCAAUUAAAUAAAAGUGAUGUUUCUAAAUUUUGGUGAGUUUUCAUACAAAAGCAAAAUAUGCAGUACUCACAGCAGACACUGGGUGGCAGCAUGGUAGCAUUCUUAAGAAAUCUGUCACACAUUCACUGCUCAUUACCAAACCUUAACAAAUUCACCUUUGUGAGAUUGUGGGAAAUCCUGCUUCUGUCCUGCUGUGAUUUAUUUUAAAUCUGAAAUAUUCAAAUUCCAAGCUCAUUGUCUCUACAGCUAACUGCUAAAGUUGAAGCUAAGUACAUGUCAGUGUUGUCUUUUUAUUAAUCUCAGUGCACUUAGGGGAAAAUGUAUGUGUUUGUGUAUAUGUGUGUGUGGAGCUAUAUAUUGUGAGGACCGGUUUGAGUUUUAUACCAUGGGAAUGAAGACAUUUUGGCCAGUCAGCACUUUCUGACAAUCCCUUCAAAGGGCUGUUUGAGGGUUAAGACUAGGUUUUAUGGUUAAGGGAAGAAUUAGGGUAAGGGUAGGGGUUAGGCAUAUACUUAUGUGUGAUUGUUGAGGUUUAAUUAAGGGGCUAGGGAAGUCAUUACAUCAGUGUCCUCACAAUGAUAGAAGUACAGAUGUAUGUAUGCAGUCCCACAAUAAUGAAUCUAUUUUCUCUUUAACCACAGCUGUUGACUUACUAUAAUUUAGUUUAGAUUGCUACUCUCUCACAUGUCAUAUUACUGUUUCUCACAUGGUUGGUUUUCUCACACAGCUAAACCUGGUAGAAAUCGAUAAUUGUCUCCAGUGGUGGAAAGUAAAUACAUUACUCAAGCACUGUACUGAAGUACACUUUUGAGGUUCCUGUACUUCCCAUUUUAUUGCACUUAUACUAUAUUUAAUAAUGUUUGAUACAUUUGCCAUGGAUAUUUGACAGAUGUAUUUACUGCUAACUUUGCAUAAUACCAUUUAACAUUCAGAAUUUAUGACCAACUUUAAACAUGAUGCAUUGAUGGAAAACCACCCAGUCCCUAUACCGUUCAUAGCCUACAGUAUACAUUUAAAGUGGUUUAGUAGAAUGUCUUUUCAGCUGCUAUAGAGAGUUUACUGAGACUCAAAACAAACUCUGUCCUGUUUUCUAAAGCUAUGAUGUGAACUAUGGAUGCCCCACUCUCUCUGUGCAAAAGAAUGCAACCUCUUUGGUCUGGCAGCCGCUGUUUUGGACUUUUAUCAAAUGAGAGGUACUCGGUGGCUGGCUGUUUGAAAUGGCCACUUGAGUUCUGAAAAAUGCUUCUUAUAGCUUUUGCUAGAUGUCACGUGGUGACAUCACAUGGGGUAGAGAAGCUGGAAUAACAACAGAAGGGCAGAGCACUGUGGUUUUAUGUCCACCUGAAAUCCAAUAUCCACUUCAGGUUUGUUUUUGGUCUUCACCAACACCUGAAGGAAAUAUCAAGCUAGAACUUAUUCCUGAUCCAGAUUAACGUUAACUUUACAUCUACAUCAACAGCACUUAAUUAUAAAUUAUCUCACCUUUUCAGAAAUGCCAGCAGGCUGCCUGCAUUUACAUAGUUUUAGGUAUGUUUGUUUAUUUAUUUAUUUUGCAUCUUCAUGUCUAAUUCUUUGUGGACAGUAGAUGAAUUUAGCUAAUAAACACAUUUCUUCUAAGAAGCUGUAACACAAGAGACAGAACAUUACUGGAUGUAAGAUGUAAAAUUUGGGCAGUAGAAUAAAUUGUUUUACUUAUAAAGAGCUACAGAUGCUGCAGGUUCAUUUUCCUUCAUCUGUCUUUCAAAUAUAGGUUACUGUAGGCCUAGUAGGUUGUCACUAUAAAGCUCAGUAAAGCUGAGGGGAGCUGCUGAUUCAGGUGAUAAUUCUCUGUAGGUAAAUCACUACAAGCCUUUCACAGUGUCAAUAUCAUUUAAAGCUGAUUUAAGUAUUUAAAAUCUCACAAGAAAAAGAUAGAAUGAGACAAAAUUAUUUGGGCCAUCAUAGUGGGGUCCCAGCCCCCAGAUAUUUUGGGGGCUGAUCAGCAAAUUUUCAACUUGAUGAGCCACUGCACCAGAGUCUAAAUCCAUGUGUGUUCAACACAUCUGGCCAAUACAGCUUAUUCU